CUUUCGCUUCUAGUCGGGAUGGUUCACCGCAAGACUCAUCGGCAGGCCGCCCUGGCUGGUGAGGUCCAAAAGGACUGCACCCUGUAAUGUGGCACAAAGCAUGAACUACAAACGACACAAGACAGAUGAAAACCUCUCUUAUUUUAGAGAGAAUAGGUGAUGAGAGGCAUAGAAUGCAUCUAGAUUCUGGAUUGUUUUGGUAGUUUAAGUAUGGAUACCAUCAUUGAUCUACUCUGUUUUGCGUUUGCGCGCCUAAAAUUAUGGGUGCAGGAAAUCACUGAAGAUUGGCAGCGCCACGAUGUGACAGUUGAGGCGAUGGAGCGCUCAGUAAUCGCUUUUUCGCAUCCGUAUUAACCAAGCGAGAUGGGCUGGGUGCUUCCUGGAGAAAUGGUUAUCUCUUGAAGACUCACUCACUACAAGUAUAAGAUUGCAGAACAUUGCCACGAUUUCGUCCAUGUUGCUCUUCGGUCGUCUAUGUGUUCAAAAUGAAAAUGGCCUCUUUCCCACCCUCUGGUAGUGUGCCCGCCACGCUCACCACAAUCCCCAUCGAACUCCUCUACCAGAUCAUCACCCAACUCCGUGAGUACCGCUAUAAUGAGAUUCUGCCGCUCCGCCUCGUCUGCCGCGAGCUUAACCACCGCGUCACCGAGUACAUCGGCACCGGCUCCUACUUCUUCCGCCAGCUCUGCGGCGAGUUCAUGCGCGCGGACCUGCACCGCAUGCUUGCGAUCGCGCACUUUCCCGUCGCAAGGAGGUUUGUUAAGGAUCUGCUCAUCACCAUGACAAAGGGGAACAAGGGGAGAAAGUUGCUGGCGAAUGAGAGAUCACCGGGGUGGGGGCGCAAUGCGCUGGGCCACCUCGCUAGUCCAGAGAAGGUAUAUGAAAUCCGCACGUUGAAGGCUAUUAUGGGGAUGCUGCAGAAUUGUGACGGGGUCCGGCUUACGUACAAUGUCGAAAAGAAGGGCCAGCGGGAAGGGUCCAUACAGCAGACUGUCGAGGGAAUUCUUGUCGUCUGCGCCGCAGCGGAGGUGAACAUCAGGGGCGCCGAACUGUGCGAUCACCACAUCGCCCUUUCUACAUUCACCAUCGACCAAUCCCCCCCCUUUAAGCCAUGGGACAAGACGCUCCCGCUCCUCAACGCUGCGUGCGCCGUCAUCCCAGCCCUGCAGCUAACCAUCAGCCCCGCGAACAAGGAGACGGACUGGGUCGAAGCCUUCGUGCUCAAGUGCGUCAACCUCGAGCAGCUCUCUGUCAACUACAAGGCCUGCAGUUAUUACAGCCCAGGCUUGCACCACCGCUUCUACGAUGACAUAGCCGCGACGACCAAGCCGCUGCCAAAGGUACAGGCGCUCAUGAUCGAGACAAAUGGGUUCACGCUGGAUCAGCUGACUGCGUACGUCGGCCGAUUCAAGGAGUCCAUCCGCGAGCUUAACCUCGCGUGGGUGAAGUUAGAUGGCGAGGACGGGUGGCCGAGGUUCUUCGAGUGGACAAGGGAGAAUCUGCCGCUGCUAGAGAAGUUCGAAUUCAAGGCUCUGUACCACGGGGCGGGGUCGAGGGACGGGGUAUUCUGCUACGACUCGGUGCUGGACGACAAGGAGUUGAUUGUCGAGGUGUCGCCGGGGAGGAAGUGGGAGAUGUUCGUGCGGCUCGAUGGUGGGACGCUGGAGGUAGAACAUUCGAAUGCGUUGCCUUAUAGAGAUAGUUGGGUUGUGAUGGAGGAGAUCGCGGACGGGACAUUUGAUUGGGACAAUAUCCCCCAUGAGAAUGGGCCUGCGUAUAAUGUGUCAUAUGAAGGAUCAAGAGCCAGUGCGCGGGAGGCGUUACGAUUGCUCGCUCUCGCGGCGGUGCCUCAAGUGCUGGCGCGGGGUUGUUCGGCUAGACCGAAUAGAAUUAAGGUGUGAUGGCGGGUUUGUCGAUAGGUAAUAAUAUAAUGAUCGUGAGGAGGAGCUUUAGGGUUAUAGUCAUAGCACCUAUUGGGAUCUCUCUCAUCCCAUCCAUGAAUUUCAAGUAUGGCGGAUGAGGUGGACCAAGCAAUGCCGAGCGCAACGCUUAUCACAAUGAACACCCUGCGUGUGUAAACUCGCCAGACAGUCCAGUCUUUAUUGGCUUCGGCCCUCUUGAUUGUGGUUGCAUUAGUUUGAGUCGUUGCAUCAGUUUGAGUCGCGCCAGUCGGAGCCAUGUCAGUUGACGUCCCGCUAGUAGGAGUCCUCCUAAUCGAAGGGCCAUCAACAGGAGCCCUGGCGCUUUCAACAGCCUCGUACAUGUAAGCACGGCGUUAGGACCAGAAUGAGUUCGAAGUGAGAUACCAGUAGGGCCCAACCAGCUCUCGAUGAUAGUACGUGAUGGUCUGCCAUUGAGUAAAAACCAG